UAUCUUAGCUGAAGGGACCUUACGCUGUGCAACGUUCCGACGUCAUCCCCACCACCACCACCAACAGCUCCAAGCUGCGAGGACCGCGCCUCUUGAUACUCCCGCGGCAACCUGCAUAUGCAGUUCCCCAUGCGUUAAUACCACCAACGCUCGAAGCCUUGUUCCAAUAAACCUACCUGUUAUAAGUCUUCUGUUUCAAUGCCUCCAAGGGUCUCCCUCGGCGCUUUCCUCGCCAACGCGAGAUCAGCCCUGACAGCUCCGCAACGGGCCAGUCCCUUGACGUUGGUCGUCGGCAACGAAUCUGCAGACCUCGACUCUCUCUGCUCCGCCGUCGUAUACGCCUACCUCCGCAGCCAUGCUGCCCCUCACACGCUCCACAUCCCCAUCUCGAAUCUACCCCGCGAUGACCUCAAGCUCCGUCCCGAGAUGACGGCUGCCCUGGCGCACGCCAAGCUUAAGCCGAGCGACUUACUCACCCUCGAUGAGAUACCGCAAGACCUCGCCGCGAAGGACUCCAGAUGGGUUCUCAUCGACCACAAUGCCCUGACGGGAGACCUCGCCAAGAAGUACAGCAGCAGUGUCGUCGGCUGCGUAGACCACCACGCCGACGACCACAAGGUUCCCCAAGACACGGGCGACGAGCCCCGCGUCGUCGAGAAGUGCGGGAGCUGCGCGAGCUUGGUGGUGGAGUACUGCCGCUCAGCAUGGGAGGACCUCGCAAAGUCGGAGGACGGCGGUAGCGAAGUGGACGAGCACCUGGCCAAGCUUUCGCUCGCAGCAAUCCUGAUUGAUACCACGAACCUCAAGUCCAAGGAUAAGACGACGGAAAAGGACACCAGCGCAGUCUCCUUUCUCGAAAAGUUUACGAGCGGACGCGACGCGUUCUUUGACGAGAUAUCUGCCGUUAAGGAAGACAUAUCCUCGCUGGGAUUCCGCGACGUAUUCCGAAAGGAUUACAAGCAGUGGGAGGAUCUCGGCGAAGGGUUUGAAGCGAGCAGCCGCCAUCAGGUCAUGGGCGUGUCGGCUAUUGUGCAGAAUCUGGACUAUCUACUCGACAAGGCUGGCGGCGAUGAUAGUGUCCUGCUGGGCGAGUUCAAGGAGUGGGCCAAGGAGAAGAAGAUGGAUGUUGGGGUCAUCAUGACGACUUCACACCCCGGCGGGAACUUCCAGAGAGAGCUUCUUUUGUGGGCCUUCAACGAGAACGCUGUCGAAUACUGCAAGAAGUUUCAUCAAGCAUACAAGGAUGAUCUGGGUUUGGAGAGCUGGGCCGAUGGCAGACUCGAUGAGGUUGGUGCAGGGGAGUGGAGGAUGGCCUGGCAUCAAAAGAGUCUGUCCAGCUCUCGCAAGCAGGUUGCGCCUAUGCUACGGCAGACGAUCAAGGGCGGCACCAAGCUUUGAGACAAAGGAGAUAUAUUACAUAGUGCGGCACUCAAACAUGAAGCAUGGAGUUAUCAUUCGGCGGACUGCAUUGGCUUGGGACACGUUACGCAGGGUGUAGACAGGCAAUCCCCAUUCACCCUCGAAAGGCGAAAUAGAGUUGUGAUGGAUGGCUAGCAACUAAGUAUCUGUAAAUAAUGGCAC